AUGAAUUCAUCCGACCCACUCUUUUGCUCUUUGGCAAAAUUGCUUGAUUGGGCCCCUGAUGACAUUCCUUCUAUCAAAUGCGCCUACUUUGUAAGGAGUGGACGCCGAUGUGAGCGCGUGAUGAGCCAGAAGAGUUCCAAUCGUGCCAGAUUAGAGUUUGCGAGCCAUCUUGAACUCAUCACUGGACCUUCAGGUGGAUACACCAAAGGAUCGCCCCAGUUCAAGGUAGUGCAGGCUCUCGCCGAAAUCUACGUUUGCACAAUGCACUACAAGCAUGCCUCCAAAGCCGAGGAACAGUGGCUGGAAGAUCUCAAUGCAAAGGGAAGUUCUAGAAGUUUUAAACCGGAGGGAUACCACGGGCUUGAUAGCAGUGAUAAGCGCACUGAGGAAAGGGAAGGGAACGCAGACGAGCUUGAGAAAGCAGUGCAUGGAUACGACUUGGCGGAAAGGGAGCCAGACAAAGAAGAAAUGGUAUCCGACAAGGAAGAGGGGAUCACGGUCCUUUCGAGUCAAUCAUCAGAGUCACCUGGGACUAUGCGCCGCGUAUUGACCAUGCGAGAAGACGAAGUGGCCAAAGGUGUAACGUGGCGUUUGAAGCAACCUCUCGAGGGCAAGGCCGGACAAGCCGGUUGGGUCUACGUUAUAUGCCCUCCUAACCUUCCUGGAAAAUUCAAAGUUGGAUAUACCUUUGAACAUCCCAAAGAACGUCGUUUGCACGAACACAAGGAAUGUUACGGCGAGGUUGAAAUCAUCACGACUAAGUAUACCAAGUGUGCUUAUCGUGUGGAACGGCUACUACUGGAAGAGUUCUCCAACAAGCACUACAAACUUGAGAUUGGCUGUCAGAAAUGCAAGCGCUGUCACGAAGAGCUGCUUGGCAUUGACAAGAAAACUCUACUGAAAAGUUUGGAGAAAUGGGUUAACUUCGUCGAACUUCCCGCAUACGACAAGUCGGGUUUAUUGCGAGAUGAAGCUAAGUCGAGGCUCCCCCGCCCUGCUUUGAAAAAAUACCUCGACUGCAAGCGACCACCCCACCGUCGAGUUAUUUUAGACCCAUCUUCAACGAACAAGGAAGAUAGCCAGGAAACUCAGAUCACACCUGUGCGAUCCCUGGACUUGAAUGCUCCCGCAUCAAUUGCGAAAAGCCCGAGAAUUGAGGAGGUGGAGGUGGAUCCCGAGGACUUGUGCUCGAGAAUUGAGGAUCUUCAGCUCACACCCUCAAAGAGCAGACGCAAAGUUAAGUGA